AUGGACAGAACAGCAUUGCCAGUAAAAUUACAGCCGUCCACGCUUCGUCCCUUUGCAUACCGUAUACUAUCGAAGAAGCAUGGACUCAAUGUACAAACGGAUGCUCUCAAAAUCUUGACAGAAACCAUAUCUGCUCGAUUUGGAUCCGAUUGGAAAAACCAAAAUUCACAAUCAUUGUUAGAGGAUAUUGCUAAAUUAUGGAAGAGCCAGGACAGAGGGCUAUUUAUCGAUGGUCAAGGGUUGAACCAGGUCCUUAAAGAUAUUUCGGGCAAAAGUGAGCCUGCGCUUGCUGAAAGAUCAGAUACUUUGACAGACGUGGGUCCUGCUAAUGGACCCUCAGAAGAAGAGAUUAAUUGGAAAGACUUCUUCAAAGUGAUAAAUCCACCACAGCAACCUAACUACCGUUUCGAUCGACAAAGGAAGCAAUUUUCGUUGGAAAAACCUUCCACAUUGUCGGAUGCUGUCACCACUAAUAUCUCAUACUUUAACAGCCGUUAUCAUUUGCUUGCUGAUCGAUUAUCCCGCAACGAAAACUUUCAAAAAUCGUCUCUAGCAUCUUUUUCUGCUGCUACUCACUCGGUACAGCUGACAGAAAUCACUCUAAUCAAAAACGUGCUUGGUCGCGAUGGGUUAAAGUUCAUACUUUUCGGCCUCUUAUCCAAAAAUGCCAAUGGUGACUACAUAUUGGAAGACGCCACCGAUCACAUCGAGCUUAAUUUAUCUCAGGCUCAUAAAACUGAAGGUUCUUACUAUUGUUCAGGAAUGUUCGUUGUGGUAGAGGGCAUAUAUUCUGCGUCUGGUGGAACCUUAUCUAGUGCCAACCUUAUAGGCGGAUGCUUUCACGUAAGUCACAUUGGACAACCGCCAGCAGAACGUAGAGAUCUCAGUCUUGAAAACUUUGGCAAUCUUGACUUUGUGGGGAUCAACAGUGAUACUUCUACAAAGUUGAAUAAAACGCUUAAAAAGCGGUUGGCAUCAAUUGAGAAAUCUCUUGUUGACCACAAGAUAGUUUUUCUUGGAGCAAACUGUUUCUUAGAUGAUGCGAGGGUCUUGGAAGGCUUGAAGAGGUUGUUCAGUACAUUUGAGCGAGACAUAGUUGAUGGUGAAAAAGCGCCAUUGGCUAUCGUUAUGUAUGGCUCCUUCAUUUCUGGACCAAUGACAGCAACAAGUACGCUGAUAUCAACCAUUUCAAACUCGGAAAGUUACAAGAACAAUUUUGAUGAGUUCACAUCUAUCCUUUCCAAGUUCAAAUACCUCAUACAAGAUACAAAAUUUGUCAUGAUACCCGGUCCGAAUGAUCCCUGGCAAGCAACCUACUCGCUUGGCAGUUCAAAUCUUAAUGCGCUUCCACAGCAGCCUAUUCCAUCCAUUUUUGCAAGCCGUUUAGAAAGGCUUCUUCCGAAAGGUAAUUUGAUACUUGCCUUCAAUCCACUGAGAUUAUGUUAUUUGAGUCAGGAAAUUGUCAUGUUGAGAGAUGAUAUCACACCAAAAUUAAAGCGAAAUGAUAUUGUAUUCAACCACGAUUUGGAAUUGGAGAAGCAGAGACUCGAUCGAGAUAUUGAGCGUGAAGCUAAUGGAGGCACCAUCAGUCUCGAUACCAUCGACACAUCCGAACAACAUGUCUCUACAAAAGUCAAGCAAGCACGUAAAUUGGUGAAAACUUUGCUUGACCAAGGAACUCUACAACCAUUUCUUCGCGAUCUUCGUUUGAUCGACACUACAUACGACUAUGCGCUUCGCAUCGAACCACUUCCAUCGGCAAUUGUACUCAAUGACAGCACUUUCGAAAACUUUGAUGUUACCUACAAUGGAACUCGGGUGGUCAAUGUUGGACCUCUCAUGUCAACUACAAAGAAAAUCAACUACAUGGAGUACUAUCCUAGUAAGAAGAAGUUUGUCGUUAAAGAAGCCCAUUACUGA